GGGCGUUCUUGUUUUGUCGCGUUGCGCACUGUGUAGAUGGGGUGUCCCUCUCUUUCGUCUCGUAGCCUAAUUUAAUGGGUGCUUGAAUCGAAUAUUUUAACCACGAAUAGUAGUGUUCGGGCAUUUCAUAUUGGAUUGUAAUGUAGCUAUGUAGAUAUUUUUCCCCGCAGCGGUUGCGAUAUUUACCGAGAGUUUGGUAUCCGCUAUAUCGUACAGUACGGUAAGAUCUUGUUUCGACUGAAUUUCAUCGCUCGCUACCCGGUUAUAUUUCCACUGAAUCCUUUUAUAUCCGUACAUAUUACAUUUGAUGGAGUAUGCCUUGGCAUGACUUUUAUGAUAACACAUACUGUGUGCUAUUAAAUCUGAGAAUUAUUCAACGUUUGUCAUAAAGGUUUAUAUUGCAUUAUUGAAUGCAGGUUAAAACAUAAUAAUAAUAUUAAUAUAAUAAAAAAUAAUACACACACUCAGUUUAAUCUCAAUCUAAGUCAAUAGGCUGAUAUGUAGUCUGCAGCGCCCGGAUGUGUGGCCUCUCAUAGAUAACAGGGCAGAAGAACCACAUGGUGCAUUGGAAAACAAUGAAAAGGGUGAAAAAGCCCAAGAUAUAAAAUAUGCAUGGUCCUGAUGCAGCAGAUGCAUGCAGAGAAGACAACAUGCAUCAAAAUGUCUCUUCACUAGUAAAAGCCAGGGCCGUAGCUCGUGGGGUGAAAGGUGGUAAUGAUUCUAGGGGCCCACAUGUCCAGGGGGGGACCCCACAACAAAUUCUAAACUGUAUUUUUUUAAUAGGAAAGGGGCCCUGACCAAGAUACAGUCAAAGGGCCCAGAAUACCUUGCUAAGGCCCUGGUCAAAGCUGUUCAAAUCAGGCAGCAUGGACAUUAGCAAUAAACUGUUUAAUAUGUAAAAUGCAUAAACAUAAUAUAGUACAUUGUUGUCUUUAUUUCUCACUGAUUUACCCAAUGAAUUUUAAACCGCAUAGGUCCUCUUCUCCAGUAAACCUCACGCUAAUGGCUGAUUCAGACAGCACCUCUACGUCUGAUCCCCAGCAGCACUGCCCACAAACACCUGUCUCACUUUCAUUACCUUUCCUGAGGGAGGGUACUAAUGUGUUGGAGAGGAAACCGCCCAAGACAGGGGAGCCUCUCAGCCCACUGCCAACCAAGCGUACACGCACCUAUUCAGCAUCUGUGAGAGCCAAAUCUGGACCUGUCUUCAAAGGCAUUUGCAAAAACUUCUCAAGAUCACAAGGUCAUGGAUUCAUUCACCCCUCCCAUGGAGGAGAGGACAUAUUUGUUCACAUCUCAGAUAUUGAAGGUGAAUAUGUGCCAGUGGAGGGGGAUGAGAUGACCUACAAAGUGUGUCCUGUUCCUCCCAAGAACAUAAAAUUCCAAGCCGUUGAUGUGGUCAUCACCAACCUUAGUUCUGGAAGGAAGCAUGAGACCUGGUCUGGGCAAGUUAUCAGCUCCUAGCUCAGACUUUCAGUGUCCAGCAGAAGAAAAAUGCCAGAGAGGGAGGGAGACAUGAAGGAAUGGGUUAUGCAGAGCAAAAGAAAGAUUAAAGGUUAUGUAGUGCAAAAGAAAUUUGCUCAUGCAGGCGGAUAUAGAAGCUUAAAGUGGUGUCAUGUAUAUGUAGGAUAGGGAUGGAAUAGCAAUUAGGGUUAUGCAACUGUUGUUUUCUCUAGUGAUGAAGUUGGUGAAAGGUCUGUUUGGAACAAGGUUUGGGAUCUGAUUCAACUGAGCUUUGAUGUAGCAUUGGCAGAAUAUGAUAUAACUGUGACAAUUUUGAAACUGUAAUAUUUAUUUUCUUUUAUGUAAAGAGACUUUUGAGUUAAUCGUGCAGUGUACUUUCAAGCAAUUUAGGUUAAACUGAUUUCAUAAUUUAAAUUAAUCCACAACAAUGGAAACUAACAUUUCUGAAUUGCAAUUGAUAGGACUAGUAUUAGUUUUCUGUUGGAAAGCUACAAAUCCCAAAAUGAUGGUAAUGAAUUUUGUUGUCAAGAACAAUGGUUAUGAUAAUUCUAGUAAAACUUUGAUCAUUAAUGCAGUGUUAUUUUCAAAAUUUCAUAAACAUUUAAACUCUUUUUAAGGUAUGAACUUUUUCUCACAGCUGUAACAAAUUAUAGUAAUUUUUUUACCUACUUAUGAGACUUUCAUUAAAAACAGGCCUCGUUUUGUUGUCCGUGACAUAUUUUAAAAUAAAUAGCUUCCAUAUUAUGCAAAUGAGUUCCAUUAA